UGACAGUUAGUUUAAUGAGUCCUCGCUACGCUAGCGUUUACGUUGUAGUAAUAAAAUCUAACAGGAAAUAAUUGUUUUAAUUCAUAACUUUAGUGUUUUUAUUUAUCAAAACCAAGAUGGUAGCGCGGGUGGCUGGUGUUUUUGAUGAGAAGUUGACGGAGGCUAUCGCUAAUUCUAAGAUAUUGGUGGUAGGCGCCGGCGGUAUAGGUUGUGAGAUAUUGAAGAAUCUCGUGCUUACCGGCUUCCCAAACAUUGAGAUUAUCGACCUUGAUACCAUCGACGUAAGCAAUUUGAAUCGUCAGUUUCUUUUCCACAAAGAGCAUGUUGGAAAAUCGAAGGCGCAGGUGGCGAAGGACAGUGCGCUCAGUUUCAACCCGAACGUGAACAUUGUGGCACAUCACGACAGUGUUAUCAGCAAUGACUAUGGAGUGAGCUACUUUAAGCAGUUCCAGAUUGUGAUGAAUGCUCUGGACAACCGUGUGGCACGUAACCAUGUCAACAGAAUGUGUCUCGCUGCUAAUGUCCCUCUUAUUGAAACCGGAACUGCCGGCUAUGCUGGACAGGUGGAACUCAUAAAGAAAGGCCUGACUCAAUGCUAUGAAUGUCAGCCUAAAGCCCCACAAAAGACAUUCCCAGGUUGCACAAUCAGAAACACACCAUCAGAGCCCAUCCACUGCAUAGUAUGGGCGAAGCACCUCUUCAACCAACUCUUUGGUGAGGAGGAUCCUGAUCAGGAUGUUAGUCCUGACACCGCAGACCCUGAAGCAGCUGGAGAAGCCGGUGCAUCAGCAUUAUCAUCAGAAGGAAAUACCGCAGGGAACGUAGAAAGGAAGAGUACUCGCGCAUGGGCUGCGGAAACCAAUUAUGAGCCUGAAAAGCUAUUCUCUAAACUGUUUGGUGAUGAUAUCCGUUACUUGCUAUCUAUGGAGAAUCUCUGGAAGAAGCGCAGGCCUCCCACUCCCCUUGUGUGGGACAAUCUGCCUGGUAAAGACAACCCACCAGCUCAACACUCAGGAUUGCCUGAUCAAAGGGUUUGGUCAGUGCAUGAAUGUGCACAGGUGUUUGCAGCAAGCUGCGACGCCCUACAGAAGGACCUGAAGAGUCGUGCAGAGGGCGACCACUUGGUGUGGGACAAGGAUGAGAAGAGUGCCAUGGACUUUGUCACAGCAUGCGCUAACAUUCGCGCACAUAUCUUCAAUAUACCACUCAAGUCGAGGUUUGAGAUCAAAUCAAUGGCGGGCAACAUUAUUCCCGCGAUAGCUACAGCUAAUGCGAUAGUGGCGGGACUAGCAGUGCUGCGAGCGCAGGCCGUGCUGAGGGGAGACAUACAGACCUGCACCAGUGUGUACCUGCGGCCCAAGGUCAACCACCGCGGACAACUCUUUGUACCGGAGAAAACAUUGACUCCACCAAACCCAAAAUGUUACGUGUGCGCACCUAAGCCAGAAGUAGGCCUGGCUUGCAACUUGAAGCAGCUCACAUUGAAGGAUCUCACAUCAGCUUUCAAAGAGGGUCUCAACAUGCAGGCUCCUGACGCAACAGUCGAGGGCAAAGGUUUAGUCGUACUGUCCUCAGAGCCAGGUGAAACUGACCACAACAACGACAAGACGCUAGAAGAGAUCGGCUUAAAUGACGGCUGUGCGUUGCUAGUCGAUGACUUCUUACAAAACUACGAAGUAAGGGUCAGGCUACAGCAGGAAGACGAGGAGAAGUCCUGGCGACUCGUCACCGACACUGACGCCCCAAUGCCAGCUCCUAAAGAAGAAGAGAAACCAGCCAACGGCUCCAACGGCAGUGACCCGAAACCUGGCCCCUCCACCUCCAGGACCCGGGAAGACAGCGACAGCGACAUGGAGAUCAUUGAGGAAGACGACGACGAGCCCACAGUGAAACCCCCAAAGCGCAGGCGCACGGAGAUGAGCGAUGAAAUCGUAAACCUUUGUUAACAUAGACUUUUGAAAUUUUCCAUAGAACACUUUCGACUAUUGUAAGUCUACGGUCGCAAAACAGUUUUCUACUAUUUAAUAAGUAAAUGUUUAAAUACAUUUUUUAUAAAAAUAUAAAGGCGUUUUGCCUGAUUUAGCAAUACAUAAUAUGUUGAGACAAAUUAAAAUGUUAUAAUGGGUCCUAUAAUCGAAUGUUUAAGAAAUUUUGCAACAUAGUAUUAAAAUUCGAGGAGAACUAUAUAAUUAUUUAAGAACAAUUUCUUAGUAAUAUAAGAGUUAUAUAACUUUUGUAGUACUCUUGUCUCAUUAAUAAAUUAAUUUAGAUAAGAA